UUUAGCAUUUUUAAAUGUCAUUAUUGUGCAAAAUGAAAUAUGAUUCAGCAUUUUUAAAAUUUGAGGUCAAAUUUAUUAAAAUUAAAUUACUAAAAAAUGAAAAAAGAUGCGUUACGUUGGGGAAUUAUAUCAGCUGGUCGAAUAAGUAAUGAUUUUUGUAUAGGAUUGAGAAGUGAUCCAGAUAAAGGACAUCAGAUUAUAGCUGUAGCUGCAAGAGAUAAAAAGAGAGCUGAAGAAUUUGCUAAAAAACAUGAAAUACAAGAAUCUUAUGACAAUUAUGAAGCCAUAGCAAAUCAUCCUAAUAUAGAGGUGUAUUAUGUGGGCACAACUAAUAAUGCUCAUCACGAAGUUGUGAUGAUGCUGCUGAAUUUGGGUAAAAAUGUGUUGUGCGAGAAGCCACUAGGAAUGAACGUUAAAGAGACACAAGAUAUGAUUGCCGCAGCUCAAAAAAAUAAAGCCUUUUUCAUGGAAGGAAUGUGGGCCAGAUUUUUUCCUGUGCAAGUUAAACUAAGAGAAGAAUUAAAGAAAAAAACCUUGGGGGAUGUUAAAUUAGUAACAGUAACUUUUGGAAUGGCCGUUGAUAAGGAUAAAAUGCAAAGAGUUCUAAAGCCAGAAUUAGGUGGCGGAUGUAUGAUGGACAUGGGUGUGUAUACUAUCGCUAUUUCUCAGAUGGUUUUUGGCGAAAUGCCUAAAAGUGUAACUGCCGUUGGAUACCUAAAUGAAUAUGGUGUUGAUGUACUUGAUUCUGUCACUAUGCUAUACUCGGGAGAAAGAAUGGCAACUUUUCAAGUGACUUGCAUGAGUGAAGUUCCUAAUGAAGCCAUAAUUUGCGGAACUAAAGGAACAAUCAAAAUUCAUAAGCCGUUUUGGUGUAGCAAUUCGAUGGAAAUCUUGGAUAAGAAGCACGAAUUUCCUUUUCCCAAACCUGUAGCCAAAUCUUACUACGAUAACGGAGUGGGAUUUCUUUACGAAGCAAACGAGGUUAAGAACUGUAUUCGUAAAGGACUAAAAGAAUGUCCUAUCGUCACUCACCAGGAUACUUUGACAUUUGCCACUUUGAUCGAAAAAUGCCGCAAGAUGAUCGGAGUUAAAUAUAACCAAGACCAGCAAUGAACACAUAAAUAUUACAAUUAAAAUGUUAGAAAAAUAAAUUAGUUUAUUUAUUUUAUAAAAUGAUAUAUAUUUUAUUCGUAUUUUAUAAAUAUGUAGAUAAUCAUUACAAAAAUAAUUAUGACAUAGACAAUCUUAUUUUUUAAUUUAAUGAAUUAUAACA